UCUUGUUUGGUCCAUGCCUGCUGCUGAGACAUCUUCAACUACGUAUCAACCAAUUUCAUCACAAUCCGCAUAAUGACAGCCAUCCAAUCGUUUCGCAAAGCAGCCAUCAUCGGCGCUGGGCAAAUGGGCUUGGGUAUCGCCUACGUCACCGCAGUUCAUGCCCGUGUACCGCUCACUCUCCAUGAUCCUUCCUCCGCAGUCCUCUCGCAAGCCAUGUCACGAGUACAAUCUCUUUUGUCGAAAGAUGUCAGCAAGAACAGGAUGACACAAGGAGAAGCCGAUGAAGCUCUGGCUCGGAUCAACCCUGUCAAAGGAGAUGGGUCGGGAUUAAAUGGGGACGAAAAGCUAAAAGAUGUAGAUAUUGUUAUUGAGGCUAUCCCUGAGAUACCAGAGCUCAAACUCGGUUUGUUCAAGCGGCUGGGAGACUUACUGCCUCCUACUUCAAUUUUGGGUAGCAACACGAGCUCUAUCAGCCUUACCAAGCUCGCUGCUAGUGCGGGGAGUAUGGGUGGUGCUCAAGGGAAGAGCAGCGCAGAGAGAGUGAUCGGAAUCCAUUAUUUUAACCCUGUCCCAGUGAUGAAGCUCGUCGAGAUAAUACCUGCAUUGCAAACUUCCAAACAAACAAUCGACCAAGCUACAGCUUUUGGCAAAGCGUGCAAGAAAGAGGUCACCCACUCUGCAGACUCCCCCGGCUUCAUCGCCAAUGCCAUCCUCAUGCCCAUGCUUAACGAGGCCAUCAUGGUCCUUGAAAAAGGUAUCGCCUCUACUGAACAUAUUGAUGCCACCUUCCGACUCGGGAUGGGCCACCCCAUGGGUCCACUUGCGCUCGCGGACCUUAUUGGGCUUGACACUUGUUUGUCGAUCCAGAGGGUGCUGCAUACUGAGACAGGGGAUAGCAAGUAUAGGCCGGCGGGGUUGUUGGUGAGGAUGGUGGAUGCUGGUUGGCUGGGGAAGAAGACGGGAAAAGGAUUCUACGAGUAUGCUGGCUAGGUUGCGACCAUUGUGUUAAUACUGUGCAGGCUAUGUUUUGUUUAAAUUGUACUUACUGAAAGUGGGGAGACGUUGGCGUAAGGAUUUCUGACUGUAAGAGCCGUUGCCAGUUAAUCGUUAGCAGAGAUAUAAUGGAUGUCAUAAGUGAUGAAGGCUUUUUUCUUAGCCUGUCCUCACGCUCUCUUUUCCAUUCUGUAAAAAGCAAACGGCAGACAUCAAAUAUACCUCCCAUUGCAUCCGGCUCCAUUACCCCCUCUACCACUGACAAAGGCCCCACACUUAUAAAUAUGGACUCUCGUUGUGUCACCCCAAUCGCGAUUCCUUAGCUCCGUACCCGCAGCUCCGUCUAAAACGAGGCCAGUAUUUAAAAUUAGGA